UUUAUAUAGCACUUUUCAUACACAAGGCAGACUCAAAGUGCUUCACAUAUAAACAUUGUUAUGCAAUAAAAUAAAAUAAUAGAAAAGUAAAAGAAAACAUAUGCAAAGAAAUGAGUAAAAUAGAAAGUUAAAAAGGCUUUUUAGUAAGUAAAAUUGAAAGUGCAAUGUAUUUAAGAAAGUGAGAAAAUUAAAUUGAAAGUUAUUUAAGAUCAGAUCAACAGACUCUCUGGCAUUACUCAGCAAAUGUCAUGUAUUUUUCUGGUAAAAAUAGAAAAUAAAGGGGAAGUUAAAAAGGCAUUUUAGUAAAAUAAAGGUAAAGUAUUUAAGAUUUAGCAGAAAGCUAAAGCAAACAUAAAAGUCUUCAAUCUUGUUUUGAAGGUGCUCAGAGUUGGGGCAAGUCUUAAAUCCUCAGGGAGUUUAUUCCAGCUAUUUGUUGCAUAGUAACUAAAUCCUGCUUUCCCAUGUUUCGUGUUUACUCUGGGGAUAAUUAACAGAUUGGUCUCAGAAGAUCUUAGUGUUCUAGAAGGCUUAUGUAGUGGAAGCAUAACAGUUAAAUAUUUGAGGACAACAUUCUCUUCAGAAGCCAUGGCUUAUUAUUAGGGGGGUGGCCCAUGUUAUUUUGCUAUUAGAGCUGUCAAGCGAUUAAAAUAUUUAAUCGUGAUUAAUCGCAUUAACGUCAUAGUUAACUCGCGAUUAAUCGCAAAUUAUUUUUCUAUGCUAAAUAUCCCUUGAUUACUUUUUCCCAUAAUUCUUCUCAUUUUAAUUCUCUUAUCAACAUGGUGAAGUGCAUCGGCUUGCCUUGUGCAAUUGAUUUUUUAUUGAUAACAACAUUGGCAUAUACUGAUCAAAACAGGACGAUAUAAAAAAAGAUUCUAUAGUGCAAUUAAACGACUGCUUUGAACAAAUGUCAUUUGAACACAGCAGCCAGGCUACUGCUUCUUUGUUUUGAGCUAAAGAAAAAAAAGAAUAAAAAAAAAAGUUGUUUUUUUUAAAUAAAAGAAUUGCGUUAAUCGCGCGCUAAAAAAAUUAACGCUGUUAAAAUUGGUUUGCGUUAUCGCCGUUAAUAACGCGUUUAACUGACAGCUCUAGUUGCUAUGUAUUGUGGACAAUAUGCCGAGGAGCAGAUUCACUAAAAGAGCCCUCACUGGCUUUCCAGAAGUAGAUUUGUGUAUACCAGGCUGCAUGUCUUUACACGUAUUUAUUCUUUUAAAGGAUUUUUUGGUGGAGCUGGCUACAGACCAGGUGAGAGGCUCCAAACAUAUGCAAUAAGUGAACUUAUAAGCGGGGAACAGUGAUAUGUGUUCCUUUCAAAAGACUCGAUGCUAAACAUCAAGAGCACACAACAUUAUUUGACUGUGGUUGUGAUUUGUGUUUGGUGAUCCAUGUGGGUUUUUGGAGUGUUUGUUUCUACACUCUAACACAGGGGUAUUCAACCACUGGGCCACGGACCGGUAACGGACUGCGGAGCAUUGGUCCCCGUGCCGCAGAGAUUUAGAAAUAAAGCCUACCAGAUUAUAUUUUUUGUAAUCAUUUAAAAUGAUUAAUGUUAAAAAUAAUUAUAUUGUGGGACAUACGGGACCUCUGCGCCACAAAUAUUUCAAAUAUGCAUACAAGCAAUAAAUAGGUUGAGGAACCCUGCUCUAACACAGCUAUGUGUUCAGGUGGUGGAGCAGGAGGAGUAGGUGGAGCAGGAGGUGCUGGCCAGGCAGCAGGAGGAGUAGGUGGAGGCCAAGGCGUAGUACCGGGUGGCGUUGGUCCUGGAAGUGGGGGUGUGAAUCGUGGGAAUUAUCCAGGAUAUGCCUUGGCUGGACAAAAGACCAAACAACAGAAGGCAGCCAAGUAUGCAGCCAUGCAGGCCUUCCUGGGCUCUGGGGGCUACAGAGGAGCUGGAUGCCAGGGUAAAUACUGUGGCCGGAGGAGGAAGUGAGAGCUAAAGGAAGGACUUCCUCUGGACAGCGGUGCGAUGUUAUGAUGUCCGAAAGUACCUGAAGUACCAAAGAAACGACCAUUUUAAUUACAUCCACUGUUAAUUCAAGUCAAACACGUUAUUAAUUUAGUAUCUGUUGAGGGAAGUAUGCCAAAGUGUUUGACUCUAAUUAUAGUAUUUUCCUGAAUUGUUUUGAAGUAAAUUAUAUUGUUAUAAUUAGCUGAUCAUCUGUAUCAUUAAUCCAGAAGGGAAACAAUGUUGUCGAUUAAUUCCUCUGGGCAAUAUGCACUGUUUUGCGUGGCUAGCAUUACUGUGUUAAUUGUGUUAAUCUAUAAUUGUUAAGAGAUUGCGAGAAAAAAAACUGUGUGUGUGUGUCUGUGUGUGUGUGUGUGUGUGUGUGUGUGUGUGUGUGUGUGUGUGUGUGUGUGUGUGUGUGUGUGUGUGUGUGUGUGUGUGUGUGUGUGCGUGUGUGUGUGUUGCUUAGACUUGUGACCAUUCUGAUCCCUUAAACCAGUCUGCUUCCAUCCAUCACUUGUUCUGUCAGACAGACCCACUGAUAAAUGCGUGUGUUGAUUCUAAUUGAGAUGUCUUUUGUUAUACUUUCCCAAAAUGUCCAAUUGCAGCCAUGAUAUGGUUCACCAUUUCACAGCAAACUCUCUAAUUUCUCUGAUUCUACAAUCUUCCCCACUGAGUGAAACAAACACAUCAUGACAAUAGCCAUUGUAGCUCAUAGGGAACAUUUGGUUGGAAACCCUUGGAGACAGAGGGCCUUUACAUUGUCUCACCGUCAACUAGGUCAUUAUGCGUUUGCUAUGAAUGCAAGCUAAGGAUUUCAUCUGCUGUAAAUUUGUUUUUAUUAAUGUUCUUUUUUCAUUUAAAAGAUGUAUUAGUGUGUUAAUGCAAUUUAACUUUAUCAAUCUAAAGAAAAGUGAGAUUUUGUUUGUUAAUUGUGUUUUAAUAUGAAUUUAUACUGAGAAAUGCCAUGAAUUUUUCUGACAUUUUAAAAAUAAAAAUGGAAAAAGA